AUGAUCAUCAUCAGAGUGAAUAUCGAAAGCUUAGAUACUCCACUCUUUGCUCAAACCUUGGUUGACAAUUACAUCUACACUACCGAAAAAAUGGCCACACAGUCUGCUCCUCCUCCAGAAAGCCCUUUGAAGGAUUCCGCGACAUCUACCGGUGCCGUGCUUCAGAUUGACUUCGCAUGGAGCAAGUUCCGGAAUAUCGUGAGCGAAAAGAAUGGCAAACAGCUCACACCAGUCUACAUCCAACAUUUCCGCCCAUUCAAGCCUCAGCUUCGCGUCGAAGAUGUAGCCACAAAAACACAAAUUUCUACUUCAGUCAUCAACAACAUCUCCAUUGCAGCAGAAUGUUCAAUCAACGGCAAGAGCAUCGAAAUCAAGCCACUAAGGAAAUUGAAGACGGCAUACAACUACCUUUCCACGACAUUGUCAUCAACAGGGAAACCCAUUCCUAUUUCCUGGGUCGCCACCAGCGACAUGAAGACGUGGGACUUCGUAUGCAUCGACUCCACAACGCAGGACCCUAUUGCCAAACUAUCAGCCAACUGGUGGGCGAUCAAGCAAGUCGGCAAGUUCUAUUUCGAACAGAGUGCUGCUACGCUACCGAAAGAAGUUCGCGACGAGGUCGUAUCGAUCGGGUUGACAAUCUUAUAUGUCAUGAUGACAAGAAUGAACAACCCGUUCGCGCUCGUCGGUGCGGCGUUUGCGAAAACCGGAAAAGUGGAAAGCGACACAUCCACCGAAGAUGCGGGGCCUCAGACGAAGCCUGACGAUGGCACAAAGGCCAAGCAAGUAUAG